GCUUCUGGUGAAAAAGACAACUCUUCAGAAGGCAUUCAGAAUGGAAUUACCCACGCUUUUGUGGUACAGUUUCCGACUGCGGAAGAUCGCGAUUAUUAUGUGAAGCAAGACCCGGCUCAUCAGGCUUUCGUUAAGAGUCUAGAUGGGAUUAUCGAGAAGGCGCAGGUAAUUGAUUUACUG